UGUAAAAUGGCGGCCACUUACGGGUCGGGCAAUCAAAGCCCCCCUGUAAUAGGCAGGCCGUUGGAACGUGUUUUUGAGGAUGCACAAACCACUGGAGAAGUUAAUCUUUCAGGCAGGAAACUUAAGGAUUACCCUAAAAUUUCCAACAAAUAUGAUCUCAUCGAUACGAUCGCAUCAGAUUUAUCAAAGAAUAGACUCAACGAAGUCCCACCAGAAGUAUGCGAAUACCAGUCUAUGGAAAAACUCAACUGCUACCACAAUGUGAUAAAAUACAUACCCGAAGCUAUAGUGCAGCUUCAAGCCUUAACACACUUAAAUUUAAGUCGAAACCAGCUGACGGUGCUGCCACCCUACAUGUGUCACCUGCAGAUGUUGGAGGUGCUGAUCGCGAGCAAUAACAAACUCGUGUCACUGCCGGAGGAAAUCGGCAAACUCGAGAAGCUCAUGGACCUGGACGUGAGCUGCAAUGAGAUUUCCCACCUGCCUGUACAGAUCGGUGAUUUAGCCUCUCUGAAAUGUCUGAACAUCAGGAGGAAUCUUUUAGUGGAGCUACCAAUAGAAAUUAGUAAAUUAAACCUCAGGAAGUUGGACUUCGCUAACAACAGAAUAGAAAAAAUACCAACAGUCUUUCGAAAAAUUGACACAUUGCAAGAAAUAAUUUUGGAGAACAACCCACUUUCCAUACCUCCUGCACACAUAUGUACCAGAGGUCGCCAACACAUCAUGAAAUUUUUACAGAGCGAAGCGAUUAGAGAAGACCGUAAACGUGGUAUUCUCAAUGACACGGACAUGAAACGUCUAGUCAGAAAAUCACUACCUCCCCAGCAAACGUCGGAUGAGCUGCGCAAUAUGCUUGAGUCACCGGAGUCUCGAUGGAAACGGCACACAGUGUUGAGCAGUGACUCUGGAUACAGCACGACGGACAGCAUAGAGAAAUGUGGCUGGUCUGAGGGAGCGUCGGAGUUCGAGGAGGCUAACCCUCUGGCCAUUAAGGCGGCUGAAGUGGUCCGAGAGCAGAGACACGGACGAGACCUCGGGCUGCAUCGCCGGUUUGCACCAGACCCCUACCAUAAACUGCCGUUAGAAAACCAGGACAUGUCAGACUUGCCCCUACCUCCACCUCCCCACCAUCCACUCUCCCCACUCGAGGAAUCCCCACCCAUCACCCCACCUACCCCUGUGGCCCACGUUUCAAGUUCGUCACUCGAGGAUCAGUUUACGAGGGAGCUGCAGCGCCAGAAGUUGGAGUACGAGCGCCGUAAGAAGAUGGCCGAACAGCUGCGUCUCCAACAACAGGAGGACGAUGAGCGAGAGGAGCGGCGACGCACGGCCGUCAGACUGCAGGAGGAGCAGCAAGCUGUCAUGGAGCGGCAGCGCGAUGACCAGCAGCGGCAGAUGGAGGAGGCCAAGAUGAUGGAGGAGGCCAAGCGGCAGGAGGAGGCCAGACAGCAGGAGGAGUUGAGGCGGCAGGAAGAAAUUCGGCUGCAAGAGGAAGAUGCCCAUCAGAGGGAGGAAGCUCGAUUGAGGGAAGAGCAAAGAUUAAAAGAAGAACAGCGGCAGAGGGAGGAAUCUAAGAAAGCUGAUGCUGGAAGACGCGCAAAACAAGAUAAUAAGAAGCCUGCCACUCGGUUGAACCCUCGCCGACACACCGUUACCGUAGAUACUAGCAAGAAGAGUUUUGCCUACUCUCCCGUGCAUGAUGGGUACUAUAGCUCGACGUACCACAACGCAUCAUUUGAGUAUGGUCGUAAACAUGACUCGUCGUUUGAGUACAGUCGUAAGCACGACUCGUCGUUUGAGUAUGGCAGUUUGCGUCAUGACUCGUCGUUUGAGCGUAGCUUCGAUAGUUCGUAUGAUGAGCAGUACAGCACCUAUAUCAAAGAAUGGGCUUAUAGAAACAAACAGCAGCUUGGAACCUCACAGAGCCUCAAGGAGGAGAAGAAAGUGCAGAACGCCCAGUACCGCCGGACAACCUCCGACACGACAGUCAGGAAGGCUAAUACCAACCACAACAACACCAACUCUCACAUUGAUAACCUCAAUUAUAUCAACCGAAAUGGCGUUGCUGAAGAGUUCAACACAUCAGCUGACUCUGUCUCGACAAAUGCCAGCCCUCGGACAUCCAUAAGCUCUCAGAGUUCAAUUCCCACCAGCCCUGCCACUACACCAAUAUCAAACAUACCACUGGUUACGAGACUCCAGUCUUCGGACAAAACCGGCUCAAACCAGUCAUCUCCGGUGGUUAGACGGGCCAGGGCUGGAGACCGGUCGGGUGUUUCGAGCCCUGCCACAUCUCGAGUGGGUUAUAGAGCAGGGACGGCCAACACAAAUUCUCGCAUACAGCCGCCAUCGACGAAACGAAACAACACUGUGAACCCACAGCAGGAAGAUGAAUUCAAACAGAAACAACAGGCGCUUAGCAACAAGCAUCAGUCUGAGUCGCAGAUUCUCAAGAAGAGGCUGGAGGAGUCAAAACUGAAACACAUCCAGAAAGAGGCUGUUCAGAACUACGUGUCUAAGGUUUCUGCGUCACGGCGUGGAACCAAUGAAAUAGAAGAGAAGAAGCGUUCUCCUCUGAGCUCGGGAUCGCGAUCCACUCGGACGGGUAAGUCUCUGAACGGUCCGAAUCGGCUCGCCCACUCAAGCCAAGGCCCACCAGCCUCAGGUUUGUCGCAGGCAUCUAUUAAAAUGUUAGAGGAUUAUAAAGACACCAAUCCAAAUUUCACGAUCCGACGACAACACGAGAUGCAACUAGAAGAGAUACAACAAAUGGACCAACUUAGAAAUACAAUUGAAUCUCGUCUGAAGGUGACACUUCCGGAUAAUCUCCCUGAAGCACUGAAAGACGGUGUCGUGCUGUGUCACUUAGCCAAUCAGAUUCGACCUCGCUCUGUCGCAAGCAUUCAUGUACCCUCCCCAGCAGUGCCAAAACUGACGAUGGCUAAAUGUCGUCGAAAUGUUGAAAAUUUCUUGGAAGCCUGUCGCAAAAUUGGUGUGAACCAGGAGCAGGUGUGUUCGGCACACGACUUACUGGACGAGCGCGGGAUCUGUCGAGUGGCCAUCACGGUCGCUGCCCUCGUCGCUAUCGGCACCAACCCGAAACAGUCGGCUGUUUGACGGUUAGGGGAGCUGCUAGGGGGCGUUGCCUGUCUCUUUAUUGUGCUGGUUCUUCUGCUCACAGCCUCCGAACAAAUGGGAAUUCCCGUCUAUCCCUACAUGUAACUAUGGCAACCAUAAACUAAACUCAGCAUCAUGUAGAUAAGACUUUUUUUUAUUUUUUUUAUUAAGUUUUUUUAUUAAGUUUUUUUAACAAAAGAUGUCAACAUUUUGUACUUAAUUUCACCUCUCUUUUUUAAAGUUGGACAAAAUAAACAUUCAUGAAAUGUGAUGUUUCUCAUACUGAUAAUAUUUUUGUGGCAAUUAUGAAAAACUUUUUGCCAAAUUCCACUUUAUAUUUAGUGAACAACACCUUAUUUUGGCCUGUAUACAUCAAACGUCAAGGUCAUGUUACGGAACUAGCCGACGAGACAUACUGUAUCUCAGUAUUGUUGAAUAAUCAUGAAGUUGUAAAUACCAACAUUACAUGUAUGGGUUUAUUUGUGAGGUUUUUUUUUUCAAUUCAAUAUUUAAUUUUUAUGCAUUCCUGGAACAGAACAUACCAAAUAAAAUCAACCCAUCUUUGUUUUAGAUUUUAAUUUAUGUUUUGUGCGAUGCUGAUGUUGUUAAAAAUGCCAUGAUUCAUGUUAGAAAGCGGAAUUUCACAAAUUUAAUAUCAUCACUUGGGCAUGUUUGUAAAACAUUGGUUGAGAAAUUGAUCAUUUUGCUUUCAUUUUGUAUAUAGCACUUGUCAGUUUUUCAUUUGUUUGUGUGUGUACAUGUAUGUGUAUAAAAUGGCCCUAUACUUACAUAAUACAUAUGUCAUUUACCUUCUCCAUCUCAAUACUCAAAUAUGGAGUCAAGACUCUUUAACGUCAUGGCAAUGCCAUUCAGUUUGAAUUAAACAUGGCAUUACUGUUCAGUAGCAUGAGUACACAUUUACAUGUGCUCAUGAUAAGAGUCAGAAAAGAAAAACAUUUAUUGUUUUCAAAACUUGAAAACUAAUAUUGUUUGAAAUUUAAAAAAGAAAACGUUUUAAAAUUUAGAAUCAAAUGAUAAACAGUUAUCAAAGAGAGUAAUACAAAAAAAAAAAAAACCAAUUGCUGUUGUAUUUGUAAAAACUUCAAAAUUAAAGUUAUUUAUUAAAUUUUAAAAGUCUUUAUUCCUUUCAUAAAUGAAGUGGAAUAGCAAAUAGACUGUAGACCUAAAUAAAUGUAAAGACUGUAAACUACAUUCAAGUUAUUAACUUGACAUGUAUAAAAUAGCUUCUUUGUUGUUUCUUCAAUUUUAAAUUAUUCACAAAUAUAUUCAUUAAAAACAGUCAUGUUUUUGAUUUUAUUAGUACUUAACAAACCCUCAAUAAUAUUAUGCUCUAAUCGGAUCUCAAAAUGUAUUUGUCACUUAAACUGAACACAGAUAAUAUUGUUUCCACGGCAACAUGAUCUAACUAGUACUGUGAACAUUGUAUGAUGUAUGUGAUCUCAUGAUUCAGUCAUAAUAUGGGAUUCAGUGUGAUUUCCUCUUAUUGUUCUUAGUUGUAAGACUAGUCAGAGCUAAUUACGCUCAUCAAAUGACAAUUACAAGAAAUGUAAUUAGUACGGUACUUUAGAUGAUUAUCGGCUUCAAAAUAAUGACCAGUUCUGUUUUCCUGAGGUGAGGUUUCAUUAAUGUCUUUUUAUUUUCACCUUCCACACACGCACAUACAGACACACACACACACACACACACACACACACCCACACCCACACACCAUUCACCCAUCUCCACAUGGUUUCUCCUUCUUGCUUCAGCCCUUUUGAGUCUGUCUGAUUUUUCCAAACUAAAAGGAUCCACACAUACACACAUUCAUGCACAAUCAUAAAAUGUCUGUUCUUCUCAACCUGAUUGUCCAAUACCACAUCCCAGUCCUUGUCUCUCCAAAUAUGAAAUGCACAUCUUUAGUAUCGAAUCCGCCAUGUCUCAGUUUUUUACUUGGCCCCAUGCUUAUACAAGUUUUAGUCUACCCGUAACUCCAUGGCAAUGCCAUACAAAUUAUACAAGUUUUAGUCUACCCGUAACUCCAUGGCAAUGCCAUACAAAUUAUGUGUGUGACAUGAUGAUUAGAGAUUUGAGACUGGACUGAGACUGAUGGCCAACUGUGGGCUUAGCCUCGUCAUGCAUGCAUGGGACAGUGGUCAGUGUUCAGUGGUCACUUCUAGCAUUGUUAACCAACAUCUUGCAACCAUCCAUAAUGCUCAUCAACUGCCGGCACAGAUACAUUCAUUAGUUGAUUUAACGGGAGUGUCUUGAAUUUGUAGUCACGGUAACUAGUUUUCAGACAACACAGCCUUUCUAAUUUAUUAAAAUUAGAAUCUGUUCACAUGGACAUCGAUCUUUGAAAAACCCAGAAAACAUUGCACUCGUAGUAUCAAUGUUAGAGGGGACAUGCAAUUGGUUAAAAUUGGGGUGGGGUGUUUUGCACCCUUUAGAUUGAACUUAUGAGUGUUUAGGGGUGUGUUUUAUAUUAAAAGCAGUAUUUGCUGUUCUGUCUUUGGGAUGGUGCAUAUAAAAGAUCCCUUGCUGCUAAAGGAAAAAUGUAGCGGGCUUCCUCUAAAAUACCAUAUAUGUGAGAAUUACCAAAUGUUUGACAUCCAGUAGGCAAUGAUUUAAUUCAUCAGUGUGCUUUAAUGGUGUCUUUUAAACAAAACAGACUUUAACCAGUGUCUAUAGUAUAUUAGUGACUACAAACUCAAGAUAUAGUCCCUUUACGGAUAUUAACAUGCAUUCCUCUCAUCCCUGCAUCAAUAGGGUACAUGUGUCAUUGUUUUAUGUCAUUGUUUUUACACCAUUGUACAUGUAAGUUAUUUUUAUGUAAAUCAAAAUUGUACAUUUAUUACACCAUAGCAAAUAGUUGGCAUAUUUUAAUGUUGUUGUUUUUUUGUUAAUAUCAUUUUCUCAACCAAUGUUAGAGGCUGUCAUGCAGAAUAAACUCAGCUGUAUUGUAUGUACAGAAAUUGUUCAAUGGUAUUACGCAAAAAAAAGUGCAAUAUAUUACGAGUUAAUAAAAAUAAAAAUAAUAUAUUUAAAACAAGUGAAAACAUUUAACCAGAAAUAGUGGCAAUAUUUUACGAACCACUUUGCCGACAAGCUCAGAUUAUCGUUUAUUGUUUGUACUCCACAUUUCAUUCAGUUUUGGUUAUUUUUAUUAACCUAUCUCAGUUUGGAAGAAAAAAAAAAAAAAAAAUUUCUUCAGAAAAACGUUUUAAUAGAUUACAUUUAUGUUGCAGGGUAAACCUGUUUCUACUUUUUUUCUUUUACUCAUGUUUUAGUACGACUGCCAUUUUUCAUUUUAAAUUAUUUUAAAUUUUAUAUCGAAGUUUAAAGAUCAUUGCUGUGCAAUGACACAAGGAUUUACUUCACAAAGAGAAGAAAAAAGAAAACACUUUAAAUAUAUAUAUACAUACCAAUGCACAUUAUUUAUAACUGUCAUAUGUAAUAAGCACAUUUUCAAAUUAACAAUUAAGAAAUGUAACUGAAUUUUUAAUUUUUAAUUAAACCUUUUUCAUUCACCCAAUAAAAUUAAAGAUUUGCAGGAACCUGAGUUCUCUUUGUGUUUUACUGUGUAACUUCCGUAAUACUAAUAGGAAUUAUUAGAUUAACUAAUACAUUAAAAUUAUGCACCUACAAAUCAAACAUUAAAGAUCACCUACUUGAUCAUUUGAAUUUGAAUUAAUUAAUGAAAAGUAAUAUAACAGAAUAUAUUUUCAAGUACGUGUCAUUAAACAUACCAUCUUGUUUCACCUUGCUAAUACUCGUCAGGCAACAAAAACAAAGAUUUCUUUAUGGCAUUAAUUGUUUAUAUUUAUUAGUUAUGAUAUAAAUAUUAUGGUUUUAUACUAGAAAUAGAUUUUAAACCGCUUGUAUCAUCUUAAAUAUAUUAUCAGUAAAAGUUAAUUUUUUUUUUUUUUUUUAAGUUCCUUAAAAUGUAUUCUGUUUACCUUCUUUUGUUUUUGAAUGAAUCUCAGUUAGCUCAACGGAAUAACACUGCUGUUAAGUGUUGUCAGGAAAAGCUCAUCAGGUUACUUACUCAGUGGACAAUGACCGUCUACAGUUCUCUUGGACAAUCAUUUAGUUUUGCUCAGUUUAUGACAAUGGACACAAGCUAAUAGGAACUUCAUAUCUGGUGUUUGCUUAGUUGAUAGAGUACCGGCCUUGAUGGUGUCGUCUUUAAGCCAUCAGAUUUAAGGCUGGUAGGUACUGGGUUCGCAGCCCGGUACCGGCUCCCACCCAGAGUGAGUUUUAACAGCUCAGUCAGUAGGUGUACGGCCACUCUCUCUCACUAACCCUCUGUCCUGGACAUACAGCCCAGAUAGCAGAGAUAUGUGUGUCCAGGAUAGCACACAUGAACCAUAAUUGGAUACAAGCACAACAAACCAGUUGAAUGAAUGAUAGCAUGCUCACCUGAGGUGCUUGUGUUACAGGACCAAACCUCUUUAGUGGACCUAUUGGGUGUUCUCCCAAUCCAACCAGUGCACCACUACUAGUAUGUCAAAGACAGUAGUAUGUCCAUACAAAACAAUCCCUUGAUGCUAAUGGAAAAAUUAGCACGUUUCCUCAGAAGACUAUGCAUCAGAAUUAAUAUUUGACAUCCAACAGCCAAUGAUUAAUAAAUCAGUGUGCUCUACUGGUGUCGUUAAACAUUAGACAAACCUUAACUUAAUUAUUUUGACUAGGGGUGGGAUGUAGCUCAAUAGUAGAUAGAUAGAUAGAUAACUAGAUAGAUAGAUAGAUAACUAGUUUAACGUGCUCAUAUACCACUGGGGUUUCGAACACGCCCAUCCAGAGUCCGACCUCCAAGUUAAUAUAGAUAGAUAACUAGUUUAACGUGCUCAUAUACCACUAGGGUUUCGAACACGCCCAUCCAGAGUCCGACCUCCGAUAAAAUUCGUAGCUUGACUUGGGACAGGAAUCUCAAUAGUAGAGCAUAUUUCAGACAUCAGAUAACCAUUGUUUAAAAUGUGCUGAGGUGUAGUUGAAACAGACAUUCCUUCCUUUUAAAACCCAGACUCGAGAUUGCUGUAGAUUAACAGUAUGUUCCCAUAUUAGUUUGUGUCCUGUAACAUAAUACAUUAAAAUGAUUAUUUAUAGUCGCAAGCCUGAGGCAGAGUGGUUUAUAUUGUCGGUAUGCAUUUACAGAAGGUCAGACCCAGGCCCCUAGGAACUGAAGGAGGGGGGAGUGGGAGGAGGGGUCUGUUACCCCCACAUGAGGACAAAAAAUGUAUGGUUUUAUUGUCCUUCUCUAUAACAGUAGAGAUUAAAAUCUGUCCACCACAGAUUGUGCCCUCCUCAGUAGAGAUUAUACACCUACACACACACUUGAGAGAUAUGGUUCCUGCAUGAAGUACAAGUAGUGGUCUGAAACUGAAAUACCAAGUGUCUGUUAAUUACAACACCUGGCUUCACACUCUUAAUUACACACUGAGAUAAAGAAAUAAGGGACCACUUUGUAUUGUACACCAACUUUCAGUCGGCAUCAGCGUCAUAAUGUAAAGUACAAAGGUGUAACGUGGAAUUGAAAGAAAAGGAAAUAUUUUAUUUAACAAAACACUCGACACAUUUUUAUCUGCGAUAAAUGGUGUCAGAUGUAGGAUUGAAUGUCGAGAAUAUGAAACACGGUUAACUUUCUGAUACUACUUUACCAUACAUGUAGUUUCACACCCAAUAACCGAUGUAUUUUUCGUGCUGGGGUGUUGUUAAACAUUCAUUCUUUCUGAUACUAUGGAUGGUACUGCAGUCACUCUUUCCUGUUAGUGUUGGUGCCAUCCCUUAUUUCUUUAAAUCAGUGUACUUAACUGGAUGAUAUUGAAUAAUAAAAAGGUGGUGUCUUAAAAUAGGUGAUUAUGUCACCAAACUAACAGAUAAUUAUAGUGAACAUUUUCAUUGCAAAUCCCAAUUUUAUCAAAAAUACAAGAGCACACAUGUCCAUUCAUGUACAGUCAAUCUUCGUUAUCUCGAUGCUGAUAGGACAUAAUCAAUAAAAUAACUCCAUGGGUCAUUGUAUUAUUAUUAUUAUUAUUAAGAAUACAUGGUCAUCAAAAAGCAUGUUUGUAAAAUUGGGAUUUGCGAAACCAAAAAUAAUUUUAAAGAAUUAGAAACAAAACAAUUGCUGUUAAACCACUGUCAUUAAGGAAAGAAGAACCAAAAAUAUUACUUGGAGCAAGGAUUUGCUUUAAGGAGGAUGAAACGUUCAAACAGGCAAUCGACAAAGUGCUCACCUAGCAGCCAGUUAUCUCCCCUGAACUUGUGUGCGAUUUAUAUUACCACAUCCACAAUCAAGUGCUUCCAAGUUGAUGUUUUGUGCAAGCCAAGUCAUUGAGUGUUGUGUGUCAUUGCAGGUUUUUUUUUGCUUUGGCUUAUACAGUACACACCACAACAUUAAAAUCAACCAGCAACACAGGUGGGUUUUUGAAGUAAUAAUUGCCCAGAAGCUCCUUGAACCCUUAAUUGUAGGUUUAUCAGGCAUUGAUAUAAGUCGGGAAUGGUCAUUGAUACAAGUAGAGAAUGGUCGUUGAUUAAGUCGAGAAUGGUCAUUGAUAUAAGUCGAGAACGGUCGUUGAUGUAAGUCGAGAAUGGUCGUUGAUGUUGAUGCAAGUCGAGAAUGGUCGUCGGUGUAAGUCGAGAAUGGUCGUCGGUGUAAGUCGAGAACGGUCGUUGAUGUAAGUCGAGAACGGUCGUUGAUGUAAGUCGAGAACGGUCAUUGAUACAAGUUGAGAACGGUCGUUGAUAUAAGUCAAGAAUGGUCGUUGAUGUAAGUCGAGAACGGUCGUUGAUGUAAGUCGAGAACGGUCGUUGAUACAAGUUGAGAACGGUCGUUGAUAUAAGUCGAGAAUGGUCGUCGGUGUAAGUCGAGAAUGGUCGUCGGUGUAAGUCGAGAACGGUCGUUGAUGUAAGUCGAGAACGGUCGUUGAUGUAAGUCGAGAACGGUCGUUGAUACAAGUUGAGAACGGUCGUUGAUAUAAGUCAAGAAUGGUCGUUGAUGUAAGUCAAGAAUGGUCGUUCAGGUUACUAGAUUAGAUGUCAGGAAAGUUGAGAAUGGUACUUUGUUCUCCAAACAGUCUUAUUAAUCAGAAGUUUCAUCACCUAAAUUUUAAACAGAUAUUUUAUUCAGAUAUAAAAAAAGAAAAAAAAAGGGUUUUAUAAUAGUAAUAAGAGGAAUUGUAAAGCUGAUGUUUUGCAGCAUGUAGGUUACGAGAGGCGCAUUCACUAAACUUGGUCACCUUUGAGAUCCUGCUGUGCAGUGCUUACACUUGUGAGGAGGAUGAAAUAUUGUUUGAGAGAGCUUUGUGAAUUAAGACCCUGGGCCAUGUUCCACGAAACGAUCUUAGUGCUGAGAUCACCGUAAGUGUAUAAUUACUACUGUAUGCACUUAAAAAUAUCUUAGUGGAACAAGUCCCUGAUGACCUGUACAUGGGUUACUUCACACACUAUUUAUAUUGAUGCCUGCUUUUGGAACUACAUUUUUACUCUUCAUUUGUUACACCAUCAAUACGGGUGGUUAGAACAGACUGGAAACCACCUAGGUGAUCAUCCAUGUCUUGUUGAUUUUAUCAUUGGUUUGUGUACUGUAUACAGACUGGAAACCACCUAGGUGAUCACCUGUGUCUAGUUGAUUUUAUCGUUGGUUUGUGUACUGUAUGUAUAUAGUCUGUGAAACAGACUGGAAACCACCUAGGUGACCACCCGUGUCUAGUUGAUUUUAUUGUUGGUUUGUGUACUGUAGCUACUGUAAAUGACAUGAUUCAGAGUUCAUACAGAUCAUUGUCUGGACAAAUGGUGUCCUUUCCAUAACAGUAAACUUUCUAGUUAACACAGUCAUUUUCUCCAUUUCAGUACUAAAUAGAGAAAAUUGAAAAUAAUCCUCCCAAGUUAAAAAAUAUUCAUUGGCGGUAUAUUUCAGUGUUGACCCCAAAACAGUGUUUAUUGUUGGAUUAAGACAUUUUGUUAUUGAAUUAUGAAUUUGUAAAUGGAUUGAGGUCUAAUUUAUUUUUAAUUAUGUGCAGGAGCUGGAAACUGAAACCUUAAAUGGCAUGCAAUGCUAUCUUUUUGGAUGUCAAAAGUAUCCAUUUUCAAAAAUAAUUGUUGGGUCAUUAAAGUGUUUUAAAAUCUGAAUACCAUUGGAGGAUAUGGGGAGAACCUGAGCCACUCACAGAAUGCCAGUCUCCUAUAGUUUUGCAUUAAUAAAAGAAUAAAUAAAUAAAGAAGAUAUUAUUAGAAGUAGGGCCUACUCUGAUUUUGGUUUUGUAUGAAUUCUGAACAGUUUUGCAGCAAUGUUUUCUAUACAUUUUAAUUGAUUAAUAUAUUAGAAAUUGAUUCUUGUCAUUACUAGUAAUGUUUAGACAGUUGAUUACAAUCUAUGCAAAUUGUAUCUGAUUUACUUUGUUCUCCUGUAUUGCUGAAUGUUAAAAAACUGUAAAUUAUGUAAUACUGCAAAUUGCAUCACAUUCUGUGCAAAUAGUAAUGCAAAAAGAGUGCACAUUGUAUCACAAACACUGCAAAUUGCAUCACAUGCUGUGCAAACAGUAAUGCAAAAAGAGUGCACAUUGUAUCACAAACUGCAUGACAAAUUGCAAUUUGUAUUACCAACCCUGCAAAUGUUUGACAAAUUGCAAAUUGUUAUUACAUUAGCAUUGUAGAGGAAAAUAUAGUAUUUUAGUUUAAUUAAAAUUCAAUAUUUUAAUGUAUUUGUAUAAUUUAUUUGUGAAAAUAAAACUAUCAUGUAAUUUA